UUCCGAUAAGCCUCUUUCUCAUUGUCAUAACACGGAGGAAAAUGGCAACUACAGUGCGCGUUUGCGGUCCGCAAUUCAAAUCGAUGUAAUAGGCGCGACCAUGAGCUAAACAUCGGAUAUGUUUUAUUCUGCUGUGAUAUGCUGUAGACAUUUAGACACAUCUGCAUUGCUGCUUGUCCGUGGACCGGCUGUGCAUCGCUGGAUGAGCAGUGAACCUUCAAGCUGACCAUUGUUAUAUUGAAUAGUACACGUGUAGUGUUAUAUACACGCGCACAUAGACAUUUAUGCGCCGAUAGCUUUAUAUAAACCGGUUCGCCUCAGUGGCUUUCCCGAGGUUCAUUUAUUCUUUAUAUUAUUUAUUACAUUGAUAUUCGCGUGGACAGCAUCGGAAAAUGAGUGAACAAAGUAUUUGUCAAGCCCGAGCCUCUGUGAUGAUCUACGAUGACACCAGCAAAAAAUGGGUGCCAGUCAAACCGGGCCAACAGGGCUUCAGCCGUAUCAACAUCUAUCACAACACUGUCAACAACAGUUUCCGUGUUGUGGGAGUCAAACUGCAGGACCAGCAGGUUGUUAUAAACUACUCCAUUGUGAAAGGUCUGAAAUAUAACCAGGCCACGCCAACUUUUCACCAAUGGCGUGAUGCGCGGCAGGUUUAUGGGCUGAACUUUGCCAGCAAAGAAGAGGCCACCACCUUCUCAACAGCCAUGCUCUUCGCUCUCAAUGUACUGAGCUCUCAGGAUGCAGGUCCAGCGCCACAUCGCCAGAAUGGACCGGUGACGGAUGAUGCUGAGGCUCAGAGGAGGCAGAUGAUGGACCAGCAUCAGAUGCAGAUAGAAAGAGAGCGAAGAACUUCUGGCAACGCAGUCUCCACCCUUCAGUUUAAAGUGUCACCAUCUGCGUCCGAAACCGUUCCGCAUGACCCCAGACAGUAUCGGGCUAACACUCUCCCCCCUUCCUAUGCUCACCCAAACCCUACCACAUCUUCCUCCCCUUCCUCUUCCCACGAGCGGGAGAGCGGCUAUCGCACAGUGGACUCUCCUCAUAAAAAGGCCCAGCUUUCCACCUCUCUGGCUUCUGCUUUCUCUCCCGUGCAGCCGGGAGUGACUCCCCCGCCACGCAACGUCAAGCAAAUUCCUCUUUCCCCUCCUUCUGGCCAAGAUACUGCUCCAAAACCCACCUGGUCCUCCAUCCAUAUGUAUGCCCCAUUGCCUGCUGCGUCUCCUCCCGUUAUAAUGGCAGUGCCCAUCAAGCAGCCCAUUCUACCUGUCGCCCUACCCAUGCCAUCCUUAAACAACGGUCCGAAAGCACCUUACUUGGAACCUUUGUCACACCACCAGUCAUCCAAUGGCCAUCCAGAGGAAUACUACCCUUACCAAACCCCUCCCACACACUAUCCAGUACAAGAGUCAUCCUACCCACUUCCCGCUCUCACCGGCCAGCCCGUUCAAGACCACGCCCACCACCUUCAGAUUGCCUCCUCGUGCCACCUGCAACACCCACACCAGGCCACGCCCCUAUUUGACACCACGCCCAUUCUGUCUGAGGGGCCCAAGACAUCUCCCUCACCUGUUUAUCAGAAUGCCACAGCACCCAUCACAGGUCCUCCUCUUCCACCAGGUCAUCCUUCGAUGCUCUCAUCCACCCCUCCCAUUUAUCCCCCUACCUCAAUAUCCAUGGCAGGUCCACCUGCUCCUCCACCGCCACCUGGGCCUCCACCGCCAGGGCCUCCACCACCCGGGCCGCCACCACCUGGGCCGCCACCACCUGGACCACCACCACCUGCAACGGUGCCCCCUCCCAUGCCACCUCCACUGCCGGCUGGUGGAGGUUCUGCUCCAUCCGGGCUUGCUGCAGCUAUAGCUGGAGCCAAGCUGCGCAGAGUGCAGCGGGCUGAGGAGAGCAGCGGUAAGAACGAUGCCAACCGUUCCAGUGGAGGCAGUGGAGGAGGUGGAGAAGGUCUCAUGGAGGAGAUGAACGCCAUUUUAGCACGGAGGAGGAAGGCCUCAGAAAAACCAGAAGAGCCUCAAAACGAAGAAUCCAGUGGCUCUCCUUCAUCUGCCUCACGUGGUUCAGGCCCACAAAAUUCAGCAGAUCCUGUGAAGAAACCAUGGGAGCGAGCAAACUCUUCCGAUAAGUCCUCGGCUUUGUCAAGGGCGAAACCUGCCGGGAGCACAAGUGACGGGGAGUCAUUUGACUUUGACAGAAUGAAACAGGAGAUCUUGGAGGAGGUCGUUCGAGAACUGCAGAAAGUUAAAGAAGAAAUAAUCGAUGCCAUUAGAAGGGAACUGCUAAGAAUCGGUUCCACAUAAGUCUUCUAAAUUGUCAAUUACGACGGCUGACGACGACCGAAGGUUCGAGCAAGUACAGGAAAGCGCACAUGAAAGAUUUCUCGCAUCAUGUCUGGAACGUUGGGUUGCAGAAAUGGUGUGCAGAAACUAGGCAUUGCUGAGGAAAAUGCGUAAGGGGUUCGAGUGAGUGAUUGUGUGAAUGAACGAGCGGAUGGAAACGUAGACCUUCACACUGAAUUUUCUAUUUUCUUCAGUAUGAACGUUACAAGACGGUCCACUGUGCAGCUUGCUGCCCCUGCUCUUACAAGUCUUAAAGUUGGAAAUUAAUGAAAAUAUUUUUUGUUUUAUAAGUUUAUACUGUCUUAUUGUUUUAUUGGUCAUUGUUAUUAUUGUUAAGAAUUGUAUUAUAUUAAAUGAGAGAGUUACGAAGUUGCACGACAAUUAUUGUCAGCCUUUUAUAUUUUAUAUUACUGCUCUUAUUCUUUGGUUUUACAGUAAUACGUACACACAGCACACAUUUGUGCAGCAAACUACUGCACAACUGAACGUCUCUGAUGUUUAUUUUUGUUUUGUUUUGUGGCCAGUGCAGAAAAUCAGUGGACAUUUGAAUGAUUUGAAGGUUUUAGAUAAUAUAUAGUCAAGCGCAAGGAUGGAGACAGAAACGUAUGCAGAAAAAAGUUCUUGAAAGUGGAAUUGUACUGAAAUGUGUCUUCGGUUCAUCCUGAUUUGAAAAUUCACAGAAUUGACGUUUAACUCCGUAAUAAAUUAAACUGUGAACCCUGAAUCUGUCAUAUGGUGAGCGUGUGAUAAUGGAAUAAAAACUUUGAAAGUUUU